UGCUGAUGGCGGCCAGGAUGGAAACGUCAACAGCAUGGGCAAUAAGCUUGAAGUUCACAAUUGUAAAAAGUUAGGGAAUAUGUGAGAGACGGCCUCAAAAUGGAGUUCGCCAGCAGGGAUGACAAUUAUAUAGGUAAUACAGUAAGCAUUAAAACAUGUACGAGUCAAGCUCCUCCACAAGCGAAAUAGUAAAUUAUAAAUCAUUCACUUGAAUAAACAACUGACCGACAGUUUAUAAUUUAAAUAAUAACUAUUUGCUAAGUGAAUUGAGUGAGUUUCUAGUAGCUCUUCUUAAAUACAAUGUUAUGAUAGUGCCGAAUGCAGUAAGGGUACAAUUUUCUUAAACGCCAAUUUGACGCAGUGUCAAAAUGAGCAUGACUCCAAGGCUCCUUUACUUUUCGAUGAAUCUACCUUAAACGCAAAUUUAACUAUAUGUAUAUGAUUGGAAAUUACAUAAAAAAAAUCUUGGCAUCACUGGUCUACGGCAGCAGAAACUAAGAGCCAUUGAAAAAAGUAGAACCGGCAAUCAUAAAAUCAACAACUAUGAAAUUCAUCACCCUCGGUGAAAACCCUCGCCUCGUUGACACUUCCGCCUGGCACUACAACUUGGACGAGUGUAUUAAGUCUGCACUGGAUUUAGAUGGUCCGGAAAGGCAGCAGCAAGAACAGCAACAAGAACAGGAAAGAGCGCGACAGCAAUACUCCACUGUGGACAGCCAACACAACAGCAGCAUCAUCAUCACUCACGGACGGAACGGCAGCAUAACGGUGACGGAUCCAGCUAGAGCACCAGCAACAGAAACCAAACAAGCCAGCCAUGGUGAAAACAUAGGCAUCAUCACACGGCGACCACGGCUCGUUUCUCUGUCCGGAACCCAUAUCCCGAUGCGAUCCCCGUUCUACCCAUUGCCUCCUGACAUUUUGCAGUUCAUCACUUGUGAUUGUUUUGUAUGUUGCAGAAAACAUUCAAUGGACACUGUAUCCUGAGUUCCAAAGGCUCCCAAACCUAAACACCGGCUAUUAUUAUUUCAGAAUAAAUAUUAUAUGUAUAUUAUUAUAUA